UGCGGCUCCAUCCCUUCCCUUUGCCUCCAGCCGCCCGCCCCGCCGCGCUCCUGCGGCUCCAUCCCGUCCCUUUCCCUCCAGCCGCCCGCCCGCUCCCGCAGCGCUGCCUUCGUCUUCCCUUCCCCGGCUUCUUCUCCUGCCCGCCGCUUUGUUUUGCCCGGACUGGUGCCGUGUCCUUGCGCCUCCGUCGCCGGCAUGCCCGUGCCUUUGCCCCCCACAGAGCUGUACUCCUCGGAGCGGGUCGUCGUGCUGGUCUCCUGUGUGCUUUCCUUCUUGGGUUCCAGCCUCCUGGUCUGCACUCAUGCCAUGUGGCCGGAGCUGCGGACGCGUCCCCGCCAGCUCCUGCUCUAUCUGUCGCUGGCGGACCUCCUCUCAGCCCUCUCUUACUUCUACGGGGUGCUCCAGGACUUCGACAGGACCUCGUGGGACUGCGUGCUGCAGGGUGCUCUGUCCACCUUCUCCAACACCAGCUCCUUCUUCUGGACCAUGGCCAUUGCCCUUUAUCUCUAUGUCACCAUUGUGAGGGGCUCACCCGCAGGCACAGGGCUGCUCUGCUGCUUCCACGUCGUGAGCUGGGGAGUGCCCCUUGGCAUCACAGUGGCGGCUGUUGCUCUGAAGAAGAUUGGCUAUGAUGCCUCCAACGUUUCAGUGGGCUGGUGUUGGGUCAACCUGGAUGCAGAGGAUCGGGUCUUGUGGAUGUUGUUGACUGGGAAAGUGUGGGAGAUACUGGCUUAUGUGACUUUGCCUAUGCUCUACAUCCUCAUCAAGAAGCACAUCAACAGAGCACAUGCAGCUCUCUCAGAAUACCGCCCCAUUCUCUCAAGAGCACCUGCCUGUCAGCCCCGGACAUCCAUAGCAGAUAAGAAGUUGAUUCUCAUCCCCAUCAUCUUCAUCAUCCUCCGCAUCUGGAGCACUGUCCGAUUCAUUCUGACCCUCUGUAACUCCCCUGCAGUGCAAAACUCAGUCCUGGUUGUCCUGCAUGGAGUUGGGAACACGUUCCAAGGAGGUGCCAACUGCAUUAUGUUUGUCCUCUGUACGCGGGUGGUUCGGACUCGUCUCUUCUCCUACAUUUGCUGUUGCCGCUACAACGAGUUGGAUUGGCCUUUGCAGAGAUCAGACGGCUCCUGGCAGCACCCAGAACUCCACAAAGACAAGGAUGUGCCAGGCCUUGAACAGACAAAACCUCAUCUUUCCAGCACCUGAGCCUGGUCCACAGCUCAGUGUUGAUUUCUUCUUUCUUGGUGUGGGAUCAUCCCAGAGCCUCACAGAGGGAGCUAAAGCCUGGGGAAAAGCACCACUGGAGUGGCCAAGCAUGCAGAAGAGGCCCCGCUCCUCCUCAGCCUUCAGAUACCAGCUGCUUUGGUCUUGAGCUUUGCUCAGGAGCCUCUGGAAGAUAGCUUGACUGCACUCCAACUUCACAGUUUUCUUCCCUAGUUCCCCUCUCCCUCCACUAUAAAUCUGAACAACUGUUUGGGGGUUUGCUUUUCUAUCUGAUGAAUUGAAUGUGUUUGUGAGUUCUGAGGUGGACAAAUAUCACGGUAACAGAAACUUUCCUGGCUCCUGCUUAGGGCUGUCCUGGGUGUGGAUUUUAGUCCCAGGGCGAGGUCUUCUAGGCAGCUCCAGACUGGCUCCUGUUCUUCACUUGAAUGUGGACAAUAGUGUGCAAACAUGUUUGUUUUGUGGGGGUGAUGGAUGAUUCCUCUUGAUGGUGUGUUCCUUCUCCUUGGUGGUUAGGGCUUGUCAUCAUCAGUGUUUGUGGUGGCAACAUGCUAAUUGUCUCCUGGGAAGAUCUGGACUCUACAGACUUCCUUGGUGCUCAGGGAUAUCUGGAUGUACCAGCUCAGCCUCCAGCAAGAGCCCUCACCAGCAACAGGACGGUGUCUGGCGUGUGCUCUGAGCUCCAGGUCUCCUCUAUCAAAGCACAGCCUGUUCCUCCCUUGGGAGUGUUGUAUCAGAGCUGGGGAGGGGAUGGGUUUUUGUUUGCUCUUUGGAAGCAGCAUUUUACCUCAUCUA